AGUGCAAAAUGAACGUAAUCCAAUUUAGUGGAACCAAAUUGACUAGCAAAUGAGAAAAAAAGGUUAUAGAUAAUAGACACAAGAGACCUCUACCACCCAAAAACAAAGCUUCCCUAUUUUUUAAAAACUUUUCUCUUGUUACUAAAAAACUUUUAAACACUCUCUUGAAGAUCCCAUUUUGUAAGCUCUUGAUUUUAGUUUCUGCUUGUUGUAAGGAUUCUAACAUUUUAGCUUUUUGGGUUUACUUGCAGAGAGUUUAACCAAAGCUCCAUUGUUGUUUGAGAGCUGUUCUUUUGAUCUUUGGUUGUAAAGCUGAAUUGGGUUAUCUUCAAAACAAGAGAAAGUGUGAUUAUUUUAGUAAAUUUGAUUGGAUAAAUAGGAAAAAAAAGUUGGUUUUUUGAACAUGACGAGAGCAUUAUUAUGGAUUGCCAAUCCAACUACAGAGGUGUCCACUUCUUUUGGAUUCCUUCAUUCAGUGAGGGUUUUAGAUUCUUCAAAAUUCGGUUGUGUGGAUCGAAAUUUGAUGUUUAAGGGGAGAGAAAAUAAGGGUAAGAAGCAGAAAUGGAAGUCAAAUUCUGUGAAUAUUGAUUUGAUGAAUUAUGAUAAAAGUAGUAAAAGCAAUAAAUUGGGUAUGACAACAAGCUUGAUAGCUAGUCCAGCAGGAGAAAUGGCCAUUUCUUCUGAAGAAAUGGUUUAUAAUGUGGUGUUAAAGCAAGCAGCUUUGGUUAAGCAAUUGCGGUCUAGUGAGGAACUUGAUGUGAAGCCUGAUAUUGUUCUUCCUGGAAGUUUGGGAUUGUUGAGUGAAGCUUAUGAUCGUUGUGGUGAAGUUUGUGCUGAGUAUGCUAAAACGUUUUACUUAGGAACUAUGCUAAUGACCUCGGAACGGCGACGGGCUAUCUGGGCAAUCUAUGUGUGGUGUAGGAGGACCGAUGAGCUUGUUGAUGGUCCUAAUGCUUCACACAUAACUCCAACAGCUUUAGAUAGGUGGGAAGCAAGAUUGGAAGAUCUUUUCCGAGGCCGCCCGUUUGAUAUGCUUGAUGCUGCUUUGUCAGAUACAGUUACAAAAUUUCCUGUUGACAUUCAGCCAUUCAAAGAUAUGAUUGAAGGAAUGCGGACGGACUUGAAAAAAUCAAGAUAUAAGAACUUUGAUGAGCUAUAUCUUUAUUGUUAUUAUGUUGCUGGGACUGUUGGAUUGAUGAGUGUUCCAGUCAUGGGGAUUGCUCCCGAGUCGCAAGCCGCAACUGAGAGUGUUUACAAUGCUGCCUUGGCAUUAGGUAUAGCAAAUCAGCUCACCAACAUACUUAGGGAUGUCGGAGAAGAUGCAAGAAGAGGAAGGGUCUAUUUACCGCAAGAUGAGCUGGCACAGGCAGGGCUUUCGGAUGAGGAUAUAUUUGCCGGAAAAGUGACAGAUAAAUGGAGAAACUUCAUGAAGAAUCAAAUCAAGAGAGCUAGAAUGUUCUUCAACGAGGCUGAGAAAGGAGUGACAGAGCUAAGUGCUGAAAGUAGAUGGCCGGUAUGGGCAUCGUUACUGUUAUACCGGCAGAUACUCGAUGAGAUAGAAGUAAAUGAUUACAACAACUUCACAAGGAGAGCUUAUGUAGGAAAGGCCAAGAAGCUUGCCUUCUUGCCAAUGGCAUAUGCAAGGGCAAUCGUUGGGCCAGCAAAGCUGCCUUCUUUGACAAAGGCAUAAAUAUUGGAAGAUGAACAUUAAUGUGUUUAAAUCAUAUAUAGAGCAAAGGGGAUGAAAAAUAUAUCAGAAUUUGUACAUUAACAACUGUUCUAAUGCAGCAAUUAUUCAUUCAAAGUAAGCAUAGUGAAUUUAUUUGAA